AUGGCGGCCCUGGAUCCUACCCUUUUCCUCACCGCGGGCUCCGCCUACCACGCCGCCGUGCAGCUCAUUUACAAACUCCCCGGCAAAUACCGCCUCGUCCGCCGCACCCACCACACCCACAUCGUCCACGGCACCGACCUCGCCUACCGGGACCUCGUCUGCCCCAGCCGCGGGACCGCCGACGUCACCCUCCGCGCCGCCACGGACGGCCAGUACGAAGUCGAGCUGAUGCACACCACGGCCAUCGACCUCCGCACCUGGGACGGACAAACGGCCACCAAGGUUGAGAAACGCGCGUUCCGGAUCACGAACGGUCAGUGGAGCAUGUGGGCGGUCCGGACGACGGAUGAGGGGGUGGAUGUCGUGGCGGGGAAGUUGGCGGAUCUCACGCUGAGCGUGGCGGGGGGGCCGGCGGAGGGGGACGUGGUGCAGAAGGCGGCGCUGAACGGGGGACCGUGGCGGGAUGGGCAGGGGGUGAAUGCUGUGGCUAUGUGUGUCUGGGUGGGGAAGCAGCCGUGUUGGCAGCUGAUGCAUCAGGUGGAUCGGCAGGAGCCGGCGGCGAGUGAGGUGUGUAGUGAUGAGUUUUGGCCUGUGGUGGAGGAUGCGGGGAAUGGGUGA